GUCCUGCACGUCGAGCAGGAGGCCGUGGGAGAAGACAUCACAGUGCUGGAUGCAGUGCUGGAGUGUGACGUUGAGAGAACAGCACUGCUGAAGGAGGAGGAGGAACUGCUUCAGGAAGGGGAGAAGAAGUGCAGCACGUCGUCCGCUGACGGCUCUCCCGAUCCCCCCUCCGGCCGCCUGGCCCAGGUGUACAACCGCCUGACAGAGAUCGACGCCUACAAUGCUGAGGCCAAGGCGUCCACCCUGCUGGCCGGCCUGUCGUUCACGCCGGACAUGAUGCACAUCCCCACCAAACGCCUCUCUGGGGGCUGGCGCAUGCGCCUGGCACUGGCCCAGGCGCUGUUUGUGGAGCCAGACCUGCUGCUGUUGGACGAGCCCACCAAUCACCUGGACCUGCAUGCAGUGCUGUGGCUGGAGGACUGCCUGGCAAAGUGGCCCACUACCUUGCUGGUGGUGUCCCACGCGCGGCAGUUUUUGAACGCUGUGUGCACUGACAUACUGCACCUGCACUCCCACAAGCUUGUUGCAUACAAAGGCAGCUUCGACGUCUUUGAGCGCACGAUGCGGGAGCGGCUGCUCAACGAGCAAAAGCGCACUGAGGCACAGCUGGCACAGAGGAAGCACAUGCAGGCCUUCAUCGACAAAUUUAGGUACAACGCAAAGCGCGCCUCGCUCGUGCAGUCUCGCCUGAAGGCCCUCAACCGCAUGGAGGAGAUUUCUGUGGUGGAGAGGGAUGCAGAAUAUGUCUUCCGUUUUCCCAAUCCCGGUGGGGCUGUGGCACCUCCCAUCGUGUCGUUCAGCGACGUGGACUUCAACUACCCGGGGGGCCCCACGCUGUUCAGUGGUCUGAAUUUCGGGCUGGACCUGGAGAGCCGCUGCGCCAUUGUGGGGCCCAACGGCAUUGGCAAGUCCACGCUGCUGAACCUUAUUGCUGGCGCAUUGGAGCCAACGGUGGGGUAUGUGCAGAGGAAUGCAAAGGUUCGCUUCGCCACGUUCAGCCAGCACCACGUGGACGGCUUGGACCUCGCGCUGACGCCCCUCCAGUACAUGAAGAAGAUGUUUCCAGACUCGAAGGAACAGGUGCACCGGUCGCACCUUGGCUCCUUCGGCAUCUCCGGAGACCUGGCUCUCCAGGCCAUGUACACGCUGUCGGGAGGCCAGAAGAGCAGGGUGGCGCUGGCGAAGAUUACGUGGAAGAGCCCCCACGUGCUGCUGCUGGACGAGCCCAGCAACCACCUGGACAUCGACGCCGUGGACGCCCUCAUCGAGGGCCUCAACCUCUUCAGCGGCGCCGUGCUCAUGGUCAGCCACGACCAGUACCUCAUCGAGUCGACGGUGGACGAGCUGUGGAUGUGCGAGGGCGGGCGCGUGGACGUCUUUCACGGCACCUUCGAUGACUACAGGAAGCGGCUCAGGAAGUUGUAG